AUGACCAUCACCAGAAUCACCACUGCAAACCGACCCUAUAUCACUAGAUCCGAAACCGCCACUGUCUUCUGCGCCAACUCUUCUUCCUACAGACAAAUCGUCCGGAUGCUCACCGGACCCUCCAUGAAUCCUAACCCAACCCACCAACCCGCCCCGCCCCUGAGGUACUCACUUCCUCCACUCAGAACCGUCCCAACCAAGAACCACUCUUCUUCUUCUUCCACCACCAUCUACGAACGCCGCAACCAACAACUCAAGAUCAACCCGGUAAGUUCCGGGUUAACCGGGAACGUUCCUUCUCUCGUUCUCACCAGCCCUGACACUCCUCUCCUUCAUGACCCGUUUGGGUCUGUUACACCCAGCCCGAGCGCUUCCGAGUCCGGAGAGUACGAUCUGAAACAUGACUCGGACGUGGAGGAGAGAGAGAUAAGAGAGAAAGGGUUUUACUUGCACCCGUCGCCGUCGUCGACUCCGACUAAUCCGAAGCCUCAACUUCUCAUUCUCUUUCCGUUGACUUCUCCUCGAGCCUCGGACUCUCCCGCCUCCUCAACCUAA